ACCACGACAAUAAACGCUGCUCAAAUCACCAUCUGCGGGCGACGAGCUUCAAAAAUGGUGUUGGACCCUCGAGGAGAGGUCGAUGCUGCUGAAGGAGAACUUGAAGACUGUGAGACGAAAAACCAGGAGCUAAAUUCACCAAACCAGACCAAUGGGGAGAUGGAGAGCCUAACAUCCACCAAAAGCAGCGAGGAAAAUUCCAGAAGCGACCAAUCAGAGAGUGAAGAACGAACCUUCGUCAGCAAUCUCUACUGUUUUAUGAAGGAAAGAAACACACCGAUAGAGAGGAUUCCUCAUCUGGGCUUUAAACAGAUCAACCUGUGGAAAAUCUACAAAGCUGUGGAGACACUUGGAGGAUAUGAUGCGGUAACAGCGAGGAGGCAGUGGAAGAACGUGUAUGACGAGUUGGGUGGUAGUCCAGGCAGUACAAGCGCAGCCACCUGCACGCGCAGACAUUAUGAAAGGUUGGUUUUGCCCUUUGAGCGGCAGCUGAGAGGAGAGGAGGACAAACCGUUGCCACCGUCCAAACCUCGCAAACAGUACAAGAGGAGCCCUGAGAACAGGGGGAGCAAACCAGAGAGCAAGAAGAAGAGGAAGAUGGAGAGAGACGAGAGCGAGGAGAAAAUGUUGUCCGAUCACCACUGUGACAGAGGCAGGUGUUCCCAUCACAGUCCAUGGCUGAUAUCCUCUGAUCGCCUCGACUCUGAGCACACAUCCACAGCUUCAAUCCUUGGCGUGAGCUCCAGGGAGAACCCGCUCCUCCAGACCCCUGGCCCAUCCGAGGUCAUCUCCCCCCUGGAGAAGAAGAAGCGUCUGGCUCAGGCUAGCCUCACUAUCCCUGCCUCAGAGGACGCUGGAGAACUUGAGCGACCCUCCGUUAUCCACAUAUCCCAUUCUUCCCAGUCUAACCCUCGCGGUCGCCACUCCUCUGAUGGGUCUCCUGUCCCCGUCUCCUCUCCGUCAGGAUCCCCAUCCCGAAGCUCCUCUCCGUACUCCGUCUCGUCCGAGGACUGCAUAGCCGUCACGACUCAAAAGUCUCCCGCUAAAGAGCCUGAAAACAAAACAGCGUCUCGUUUACCAGCUCUCUCCACAUCCAAAGCUGUCAGCACCGGAGUUUGCAAACCGCUCAGCUGUUACCCCAACACCAAAGAACUCACCAACUAUCCCCGCUUACAUUAUAGAGAGUUCCUGCAAGCUGGCGCAACAGAAAAGACCCAGAGGAGUCUUUUAGCAUGGACCUCUGAUGAUAAAUCCAGACUUGCAUCCCACAGACUGCCCUUGCCAGCCUACACCAAACAAUACUGGGUCCCUCAUGCCUCUAGCUUCUCCAAGGUCUUGCCCCGGGAUCCCUGCAGGCCCGUGUCAUCACUACAGCCCUCUUUUAAACAGCACAUGUCCUACCACCAGCACCUCCUAAAGAGGCCUGAUGAAGCCUACUUGAAGAAGAUGCCAGUAUCUUCUCCGAUUCGCAUUACGGACAGGAAAGAGAAGGCAAAGACGGCGCUGCCCAAACCUCUGCCUACCCAGCAGUACCUCUUCCACCCGCAUGGUGGACUUACGGUGCCCUAUCAGCCAGCUUUAGAGAGACUUCGAGGAGACCUGUCGGUUGAACAAUUAAAAGCUCUACCUCUGCAGCCCGUCCUUUUUCCAGCACAUCUGUCAAUUCCUCCUGCUCAGAGCCACUCUAUGCAUUGCCCGCCAGUGGGAACCCACUUUCCUGGGUCAUACGAGGCCGCUUUGCCCUCGUACAAUUACCCGCUGCCAAUCUGGCAUCCGCCUGCUGGAUACAACAUGUCAAGCCUGCAACCGUACUGAACUAUUCUCAGUGCUUGGACACUUACUUUUGAGACGUGCUUGUAUACAAUUCCUCACACAUACCACUUGAAACUAAAAUAGUCAUUAAUACAGUUAGAAAAGGCUUAAGCCAAUUACAGGGGUGUUUAUAGUGAGCUGUUUACAUGAAUCUUGUGAAAUAAAAGCCAACUUACAUAACUUACAAACGCACAAGCACUCUUGUCAGAAUUUGAGGGUUAAAAGCUAGUCUAGAGCGCCAUCUGUUGUUUAAAAUUAGUCUAGAGCGUUGUCUGUUGUUUAAAACUAGCCUAGAGCACCAUCUCUUGUAAAAAAUUAGCCUAGAGCACUGUCUGCUGUUAAAAACUAACCUAGAGUGCCAUCUGCUGUUUAUAAACUAGCCUAGAGCAACAUUUGAUGUUUAUAAACUAGCCUAGAGCAAUGUUUGAUGUUUAUAAUUUAGCCUAGAGCGCCACUUGCUCUUAAAAAUGAGCCUAGAAUGCAAUCUGCUGUUAAAAACUAGCCUAGAGCACCAUCUGCUGUUUAUAAACUAGCCUAGAGCAAAGUUUUAUGUUUAUAAACUAGCCUAGAGCAACGUUUGAUGUUUAUAAACUAGCCUAGAGCAACGUUUGAUGUUUAUAAACUAGCCUAGAGCAACGUUUGAUGUUUAUAAACUAGCCUAGAGCGCCAUUUGCUCUUAAAAAUCAGCCUACAACGCAAUCUGCUGUUAAAAACUAGCCUAGAGCACCAUCUCUUCUUUAAAACUAGCCUAGAGCGCCAUCUCUUCUUUAAAACUAGCCUAGAGCAUCAUCUACUGUUUAAAACUAGCCUAGAGCACCGUCUGCUGUUAAAAACUAACCUAGAGCAACGUUUGCUGUUUAUAAACUAGCCUAGAGCGCCCUCUGCUGUAAAAACUAGCCCAGAGCGCUGUCUGAUGUUUAUAAACUAGUCUAGAGUACCAUCUGCUGUUUAAAACCUAGCCUAGAGCGCCCUCCGCUGUUAAAACCUAGCCUAGAGCGCCCUCUGCUGUUAAAAACUAGCCCAGAGCGCUGUCUGAUGUUUAUAAACUAGUCUAGAGUACCAUCUGCUGUUUAAAACCUAGCCUAGAGCGCCCUCCGCUGUUAAAACCUAGCCUAGAGCAACCUCUGCUGUUAAAAACUAGCCUAGAGCGCCCUCUGCUGUUAAAAACUAGCCUAGAGCACCCUCUGCUGUUAAAAACUAGCCCAGAGCGCUGUCUGAUGUUUAUAAACUAGCCUAGAGUACCAUCUGCUGUUUAAAACCUAGCCUAGAGCGCCCUCUGCUGUUAAAAACUAGCCCAGAGCGCUGUCUGAUGUUUAUAACCUAGCCUAGAGUAACAUCUGCUUUUUAAAACCUAGCCUAGAGAGCCCGCCGCUGUUAUAACCUAGCCUAAAGUGCCCUCCGCUGUUAAAACCUAGCCUAGAGCGCCCUCUGCUAUUAAAAACUAGCCUAGAGCGCCGCUGCUGUUUAAAACUAGCCUAGUGCAACGUUUGCUGUUUAUAAACUAGCUUAGAGCGCCAUUUGCUGUUAAAGUGAAGCUCAGAAUCAGUUCAAGAGAGAAUAAUAAUGUUCUCAUAAGUGAUUUCUCGAACUCUUUUUUUUUUCAUCACAUCACUAUCUUAGUCGUUGUGUUCCAAAGAAAUAUAGCUUAAACUUUAACUUAAGUUCAAAACUGGGUAUUGAUGGUGUUUAUGAUGGUGUAGACCUUUAAAAAGUGACUAUAAACUGUGGUACUUUCUGUAUAUUUGCAUAUCAUUCUUGGUUUCCCUUAUUUUAAACCUAUUUGUAUAUGUUUGAGAGUAAUUCUUGCUAACAUGGCAUUAAAAUUACGUUUCAUUUAUUGUUAACUGCGCAGAUUGUUCGAUUAUUAGAGCUAAAAAUAUACUAAAUCUAAUAACUAUCACCAGGAUGGUAAAAUAAACCAAAGCCCACCUCUCAGAUCUCCAACAACACUCUAGUCACUUUUAGGGUCUCCUGACACAUUUCUGUUGUGAUGUGCGCUGUUUGGAGUGCAUUUCUCUAUUUGCAUGUGUUUUUGCAAUAUAUUCUGUUUGUUUGUUUGUUUUUAUUUGCAUGUGAUUUCUUAAACUGCAGCGCAUUUGAGCCCUCUCAGCCACUGUACUUUUAGCCUUUAUGUUUUUGUUGUUGUUUUUAGAUCAAUACCAACUGAAGUGUUGUUACCUAUGAGGUUAUGUAGCUCGAAUCUCACAAUAUGGCACUGAUCAAACAUGUCAGUGAAUUCGCUGUAAAUCACUUUCGAUGAGUGUCUGAAAUACUGUUUAAAAGUUACAUGUAUCGUUGUGUUGAACGUAGCUGUAUCUGAAGCCUAUAUGCCUAUACGCACGGUACAAUUCAGGGUUCAGAUUCAAUUCGUAAAUGUUAUAUAUGUUUUUUGAUGAGUCAUUAGCAGGACGAGACUGGAAUAUUCAUAUGUAUCCCUUUUUUUGGCACUUGAUAUGGGAUCAGCUUGUUUACUGCUGCACCAAUAAUGUGAAAAUGCCUUAUGUACACUUUGUAUACUGAAUGUAAAAAUAUUUUUGUAUAAAAUAAAUGUCGACAUCACA